UCGCUCACUGGAUCAACGAAGCAAAACGUAAACAAACGUGGUCAUUGCUGCGAAGAAUGUAACGCCUGUGUUGUGUACGCACGUGCGAGAAAUUUAUGUAUAAAGAAUGUCGAUAAAUGAUAAUCGGCUCUACACGGUGAAUGACAUAUUUAACAGAAUGUCGAAGGAAUUCGUGACCGUCGACGGUAACGUGAGGAAGAUUCAGAAGGAGACUCUAACUCCUUACAAAGUGGCAACUGUCAUUCUAAUUAAGGAAUAUUGUAAUGACACCACAAAAGUGAUCAUGGAGAGGCGUAACUUCUGUUUAGCGUCGUUAAAGUUGACUCAGUCGGCAGACAUGGAGUUGGACGCUCUACUGAACAUGCUGUACGAGCCGGAGUACGCUUUACAUCGAUUUGCGGAUCGACUGGAAAUAAAUCUGGAUGCCAUACACGAGAAAGGAAUCGACGAGCUGUUAGACCUAUUUGAUAAUCUUCGUCGAUUAAUGGAAUCGAAGGAUCACGCGCUAGCUUUACCGGCAUUAAGCAGAAAUUCUGUCCUCGGGCUGUACGUUCGUAGGAUGCUCAUUUUCUUUGAGAAAUUGGCCUUCGAUCAAGUGGUCGCUCUCUACAACGAGAUGGAGAAAUAUGUUACGAAGAAGAUCGAUAGCCUAGAAAACUCCGACAUCUCCGCGAUCGCCAAGCAAGAGGAUUUUGGUCCGGAUAAUAAAGCAAAAACGAUUUGGGGUGGAAGACAGGCGGAAUUACUCGUGGCACAGCAGGCGCAUGCUUUACAGACUGACGAGCACAAAGCACUGCCGCCGAUGGAGUUGCAGGCUCUCGUACAAGAUCUUUUAAAGUCGAAUCCUUACAACGCGGAUGCGCAUUACCUGAGUUACCUGAACUGCAUCCGCGUGAACGACUUUUGUGGAGCGGUAGACAGCCUCUACCACUGUUUCGAUAGACUGGCACCUCUGGAGAACCGAUCCACCCCCGAGGAUCGAUCGCGUACCUUCCGAUACGCGGCACUCAACUUGGCCGUUUUGCACGCCCAGUUUAACCACAAGGAGGUAGCACAGUACGCUUUGAAGGAAGCUAUUAAAUUGGCUCAGGAAGCUGGAGACAACGUGUGCUUGCAGCUCGCGCAUUCUUGGAUAUCCUACCUGAUGAGUAAAGAAAAUAGGGGACCUUUGAUAGAACGUUCGGUCGGCAAAGCAAGUCUGCUCGGAAUUACGCAUACGACAGGCUUAAGUCUCAUUUCGCACGCGCAUAGCUACGCCUUGGAAGCCAAGAAUCCCCCUCAAGUAUUCGAUAUAUUGAUGAAGUCGGACAUGCUGAACUGUCAGCAUUCGAUGUCCGACUUGAUGUCCAUCACAUUCGCAGAGAAAUCGGCGUUAUGGGCAUACUUUGGUAAAACCGAGAUGGCCUCUCUUUGUGCCCAGCUACUACUCCUUCACAAUACGGGUGAUAAGAAGCAGCACAUGUUCAACGGACCGUCCACGUGCCAGGCGAUCGUCACUGUCGCCAAUAUGUUGAUCGAGUUCGGCGAAUACGCCCUCGCCGACGUUGUGCUGGCACAUGCCAAGGAAAGAUUUCCCAACAGUCCUUGCAACAAGAUCUGGAUGUUGAGCGAACAGUUGCAUAUGUUCACGCAACUGCUGCGACAGGAGAAGUGGAGCGAGGCGGAAGCGGUAGCCAGGAAUAUCUCCAGCUUGGAUCAACUGGAAUCCAAACUCAAAUUGGCGGAAGUUUGCCUGGCAAAAGGCGAUUACCCGAAAGGAUUAGAAUACAUUGGCGCCAUCGAGGAGCAUUCGGACGUGACUCCGCCGUAUGUGAUACGCGCCGCGCUUCUUUCCAGUCAGAUAACGUGCGCCUCGUCCUCGCCGGACAACGGAACGGCAGUCGCCACCAGUUGCAUAAUGCGUCUUUGUGCAGCCCUGGAAUUGGCUGCGCAGAAUCAUCUGUCGUACUACAAGGCGCUUGUCAAGAUGCACCUCGCCAAUACACAAUUGACAAUGGGUCUGCCUGUGUUGGCCUUGAACCUGGUGGAGGACGCUAUCCCCACGAUCUUGGGCCACGGUGGCUGUUACGAUCAGGGCAAGGCGUUCAUGUUGUACGGCAAGUGCCUGAUAGCCUCGGCGCCAGAGAAUCCUUUCGAGGCUCGGAAAGAGGUGAUUCUGAGUGGAAUAAAAAUCCUGUCGAAGGCACAGGCGCUCUUCACCAAGGUUAAUGCCAUCGCCAAGGUCAAGAGCAUCGUGCACCUGCAAGCUGUUUUCUACAACGAGAUCGAUCUUCUACCUGAACGGAAUCAGUGCGCUUUCGAGUUUCGCCAAAUGGAUGAACAAUACCUAACGACUCCCACUGAUCCAUUUUUGUAUUGAAAUUCGCGAAAUAUUUUUGUAUAAAGAUAGAAAAAAGAAAGACUAUAUAUAGUUUUAUUUUCUGUAAA